AUGUAUCGCGGUAAAAACCAACUAAAAGAUGGCUCAGAACGGAGGACUCUGUAUUGCGUGAGAAGUGGAAAGCAGAGUGUCUAUGAGGUCAAUGCGCAGCUUUCUCACUUCGGACAUGAUUCAGACAUGGAGCAAUUCAUAAAAGCAGAAAGUGCCGAACACGGAGUCGAGUCACCAGUAAUAUUCGAAAAAUCAGUGAAACGCGAAUCCGAGAGUGCUGAGUUUGGGGAAAUUAGUGGUGCUGUUUUUGAAGAUGAGUCCGGAAAUCCUGUCUAUGAAGAAGUUUUUGAAGAGGAUGUU